AUGGCAGAGAUCGAUCACUUAUUAGACGCCACUGAACCAUCGAACAAGCCAAUCGAAGACAGUCUGAAGACUCGAACGAUCCUUGUUGCUGCCGUGUUCGCAAGAAAUUCCCCCUACCGUGAGGUGAGGUCUGUAUUUAACAACCACGACAACACGGACACCCCGUGUGGAACCAUCCGCGCAUACGUGAUUGGCAUCAUGUGGGCCGCAGGUCUCGCCGCACUCAACACCUUCUACGCUCCUCGCAAUCCAAGCAUCUCGUUGUCUGUCUAUAUUGCCCAAAUUUUCGCCUACCCAAUGGGCAGAUUCUGUGCUGCCACUCUUCCCACGAGGGUGUUCCUCCCGGAUACAAAAUACGCAUUCACCUUGAAUCCAGGACCAUUUAACGUGAAGGAGCACAUGCUAAUCACAAUCAUGGCCGACAUCACUACCCUCAAUGUUUUUGCGAUUCCCCAGAUCAUAUUCGCCCUUCACCUACCAAUGUUUCUAGACAGGCCAUGGGCUGGGAAAUGGGGCUUUCAGCUAUGCCUGUUGUUGUGUGCACAGGUCUGCGGUUUCAGUCUCUGUGGUCUGACUCGUAGAUUCAUCAUCUAUCCCGUUCAGAUGAUCUUCUACAGUAGUCUGGGCGAAGCGGCUUUGAUUAAAGCUCUUCACAAUGAAGACACCGGACCAGUCGGCGGUUGGAAAAUAUCAAGAUUCAGCGCUUUCUUCAUUACAUUUGGAGCAAUGUUCUGCUACUUUUGGCUCCCGAACACCAUCUUCCCCACUCUCACAUUCUUCAAUUGGACCACCUGGAUUGCACCUCGAAAUGCCGCCCUUUCAAUCCUUACUGGCUCAUAUUAUUUCAACUUGGGACUCAACCCGCUUGUGAAUUCCUUCGAUUGGAACUGGUUUGCUGGCGUGAUCGACCCUAUCGUCAAUCCCUUUUUUGUUGUCCUGCAGCUCGUGCUCGCGGUGCUGGUGUGGGCAGUGGCUGUAAUCAUCCCAGUGUUCUUCUCCAAUACCUGGCAUACAGCGUAUCUGCCGAUCAACGCAUUCUACACGUUUGACAAUACAGGAAAGAAAUACUCUGUACAACGCAUCCUGGACUCACAUGGGAGACUUAAUCAGACUGGAUAUGAGGAGUACUCGCCAUUGUUCUUCCCCGCUGCAUUGGUGCUACGAUAUGGAGUUCUCCUAGCGAUCAUUCCCGCAGCACUGGUCUUUACAGGUCUGUAUUAUGGCAAGACCUUUUGGAGCAUCUUCAAGAGCGCCUGGAAGCGCAGAUCAGUACACGAUGAAUUUCCAGAUGCCCAUUCCCGGCUGAUGACUAAAUACCGUGAAGGUCUCCAGGUAUGGUAUAUCAGCGUAGGAGUUGUGGGUGCAGCCUUCGGUUUCGCUGCACUGUAUGCAUACCCGACAGACACGCCAGGCUGGAUUAUCCCAGUCAUCAUCGUGAUGUCGAUGGUAUUUGUUGUGCCCUUUGGCGCAAUCCUCGCGAUCGCAAGCUACGAGGCCAAUUUUGAAAUCCUCUUUGACCUGAUCAGCAGCUACAUCACUCAUAAUAAUCCUUCCGCCUUCUUGUUGUUCCGGGGUCUGGGAAAUGCAAUCAUCACACAGGCGCUUGCCUUCAUGAGCGACAUGAAGCUUGGUCAUUACGCCAAAAUCCCUCCUCGCCACAUGUUUGCUGCUCAGGUCUCCUCCGUUUGCAUUUCAUCCGUGACGAUCGUCGCUGUGGUGAACUACCAACUCGGUCUGAAGGAGAUGUGCGAUCCAAAGGCAUCGGAUCACUGGAUUUGUGGCAGCGUUCAUACCAGUUUCACCAGCGUCAUAGGUUGGGGCCUGCUAGGAGCUCGUCGCAUGUUCACGCAUGUCGGCGCGCCAUACUGGAAAAUCAUGUUCUGCUUGUUGGCGGGAGCACUCUGGCCGCUGCCUUGGUACUUUGCGAAGAAAAGAUGGCCGGGAAGCGUCCUACGCCAUGUUCACCCGAUUCUGUUGCUCCUGGGUGGCGUGCUCUGGGCUCCUCUCAACUUCUCAAUGUUCGCCCAGGCUGUACCUUUCGCUUGGUUCUUCGGCUCGUACAUCAAGACCAGAAGCCCCGGAUGGUGGUCCAAAUAUGCCAUGGUACUCUCUACCGCCCUGACCGCAGGAAUUGGCGUGUCUGCACUUGUCCAGUUCUUUGCCAUUACCAACGCAAAAGUCGAGGUGUACUGGUGGGGAACAACGAAGUAUUCUUCUACAUGCGACUUCAAAGACUGUAGGUAUAUGUCUGUUCCUAAAGGACAGACGUUUGGACCUACGGAUUGGCGUUAA